UAAAAAUGGGUACAAAUGGGAUCUUUUGAUAAUGUUCUUCUGCUCCUUUCUUUCUCGGAUGGACGUGAAGAAUACGAUGAGGAGAAGCCAAAGUUCAAACCCAGCGCUCCUAAAAUCCCUGAUUCCGGUGAGAAAGUGGACUUUGAUGACAUCCAGAAGAAACGUCAGAACAAGGAUCUGGUUGAGCUGCAGGGCCUGAUCGAUGCUCACUUUGAGGGCAGGAAGAAGGAGGAGGAGGAGCUGAUUGCCCUCAAAGAAAGGAUUGAGAAGCGUCGUGCUGAGAGGGCCGAGCAGCAGAGGAUCCGCUCUGAGAAGGAGAAGGAGCGCCAGGCCAAACGUGAGGAAGAGAGGCGGAUCAGGGAGGAGAGUGACGCGAAGAAGAGGGCUGAUGAUGAUGCCAAGAAGAAGUCAGCUCUGUCCAGCAUGGGCUCUAACUACAGCAGCCACCUGCAGAAAGCUGACCAGAAGAGAGGAGGAAAGAAAGAGACUGAGAGAGAGAAGAAGAAGAAGAUCCUCACCGCCAGGCGCAAGCAGCUCAACAUCGACCAUCUGAACGAGGACAAGCUGAAGGAUAAGAUCAAUGAGCUGCAUGAAUGGAUGGUGCAGCUGGAGUCUGAGAAGUUCGACCACAUGGAGAGACUGAAGAAGCAGAAAUACGAGGUUACAACCCUGCGUAAGAGAAUUGAGGAGCUUAGUAAAUUCAGCAAGAAGGGAGCUGCCGCCCGCCGCAGAAAGUAGACUGGCUCGCCCCGCUGCUGCACAGAAACCAAACUGCGAUCGCCUCGGACACACGCCUGAAGAAACAACACGCAAUGUGGCGAAGGUCGUAGCUCAGAAGAAGCACGUAAUGCUGAAGUUUACUUUGCGGUUAUCAACCCUCGUCCUGAAACAUGUAACCAGGAGCCUUUAGCUGCUGUUCACUAGGAAUUUAAAAAAAAACGACUUCAAACCUGUUGGCCAUCUCGCUUCCUCGCCCUCCACUGUUUGGUUCUCAGUUUUUUUGUAAAUAAAGUGUGACUCUUCAAGC